AAGGGGUAAUAUCUCUGCAAUUCUUUUAAGAAGACGAAGCACGAUUCCUCUGAACUUUUUUAUUCCACAUGGAUCCAGCACUGAUGUGUGACACUAAUCUUUAUUAAACGAGAGACCAGUGCUUUGGAAUUUGGGAUCAUUUGACUUCAAAUACGUUGAAUUAGCCGUAGUUAUUUCUUCCUCAUAGAUCUUCGUGCAAGUUACGGAGUUUCCAGCGAACACCGUAACAAAAAUGGCAUGUUCCCUAUAUAAACAUAAAUACAUGCCCAUUUUCCUUCUUCAAAGCUUGAACGAUCGAUUACCCAAUCAAUGAAUCCCUAGAUUUUCCUCCAAAACCCAUCAAUGGCGGGAACCACUGAGCGAUGAGGUGCAAAAUCCACCCUUCGGAUCCCGGCACCGGGGUCUGCGCCUCAUGCCUCCGAGAACGCCUCACAAACCUAUCCGCCGCUGUUGCUAACGCCGGAGAUGCCGAUUUUUCGCCGACGAGCCGCCGUAAUCUCGGUCGAUUCACCGCCAAAUCUUUCGGCCUCCGUCCCGCCGAUCCCGACUCCGACGGCGCUGGUGGCCGGAGAAAGCACAUCGGAAGGUUUUCCUUUCUAUCAUCUCUGUUAACUCAUUCGGUCCACAAAGAGACGAAUUCUGAUUCGGAGUUCGCGAAGCCGUCGAGAACGAGAUCGUGGAUUUCGUCAAUGAUUCGUGGGCGGAGGAUGCAGAAGAGGAAGAAGAGAUCCCCGCCGCGGUUUGUGGUGGAUGAGAGGGUGAGCGGCCGUGGGAUGUCGCCGGUCGAGAAAGAAGAGUCGACGGAUUUCGAUUCCGAGAGCGGAUACCACACGGAUCCAUUUCCGAUGAGGCAGCAAGACGUGAACCAUUACGGUGGGCGUCAACCGCGCAGAAAUUACAGAUUGAUGGGUUUCUCGCUCUGUUUUAGCCCUUUGAUGAGGCCGAGCCCGGGUAACCGUAAGAAUCAGGUGCCGUCGGAAGUCGGAUUUUCCGGCGAGCUCCGGGGAGGUCCUAAUACUCAGCGCAAUCGUUAUGGUGGUGCUUCAGCCGGUGGAUCGUACGCUCUCGGGCCGAAUCGGUCAAGGAAGAUUGCUGAUUUUGGUAAGUUCCGGUAAGGGUUUCUGUGGAGCUUUUUGGGGAGCCCUGUUUAGAACGAAAAUUUAUUCCAUGCGGAUACAUAGCAUGCAGAUGCUCCCCAGCAUAUGCAGAUGCUUCACAAGCAUGUGGUGUCCGAUCUCGAUUGUAAAAAUAUAUUUUAGUCGGCUUUAUAUUGUAAAAGUUGGAUGUGCAUGCGGUGUCCGUA